CCUACUUUUUCGUGCCCUGUGGUGAGCGGAAGAGAUUUUGUCACAGAGACGGAUUCGAUGCUGCAGCUGUCAUGAAACCUUGACAGUCCCAUGGAGCGACUGGAAGGGGCGGAGACUUAGGCUCCCUAAUAAACUAGGGCUGCCAAGAGAUAAGUAAAUUUUAUUCUCAAUUAAUCGCACCAAAGAUUAGUUAACUCGCAAUUAAUGGCAAAUUAGUGACACGUUUUGUAUCUGUUCCAAAUGUGACUUCAAGGAUGAUGUUAUCAACAUUAAUGCAUUCCUCAUGCAAACAUUUGUUUACUACAACAACCCAACAGAUGAGAUACUGACAAGAACAUCCUUUAGAAUAACUUGAGAACCACAGAAAAGGUUCAAAAACAUGCUAAAAGCACAUCAUGCUGAACAGUACUAUCCACUGUUGUGUUGAUAAAACCUUCCUAUAAAUCACAACGGAUGCAAAAUGUGUGAUUAAUUUGUCAUCUAGAGAUUAAAAAUUGUCCUAAUAUAAACACAUUUUUUAAGAUUUAAGAAGUUUGGUCUCUACCAUAAACCAAAAGUGACUUGUGUAUUCUUGUGUUCAGGUGUACUUGUCAUUUAGUCCUCAAACGUCUGUCUUAAAUCCCAAAUCAAUAUCUUUCUCCUGAAAUGUUUUUCUUUUUCUUCAAACUUGAUAUCGCUCUUCAAUUCUGAGUUAUUGAAUAGGGCUGUUUCUAAAAUGUUCCUCUUGGAGAUAUCUGUCUGAAGUGAUUCUUUAAAUUCAAAACAAUGUACACAUGUGCAUUGCACUUUCAUGAACUCUUUAGCUUGUACUCUAAUUCUCAACUGUAUGCAUUUGUUGCAGGGCUCUGUGUGAAAACAUUUAUCUGUGAUGCGUGUUACGAACUUCCACCUAAAAUAGGCGUUAGAACAACAGACCAUCAGGUCAACCACUGAAGAUGACGUUGGAUUUAAUGAUUGUUAACCGUACGUUGAGCAACAUGACCAAUGGAGAGGACAGAAAGGAACUGUGGAGAGAUCAAAGGAGAAGUGAAAGACUCAGUAUAAGGCGGAGCUAAGAUGUCACAGACACGUGUCCCGGGAAGUAGGAAGUAAAUACGCCGGAGCUGGAGCAGAGCUGCAACAAGUCUGGCACUAUGCUAGAAGGCUACACUCCAGUGACCCAAGCCCUGCUUGGGACCUUGUUCACCUGGGGUCUCACUGCAGCUGGAGCAGCCCUGGUUUUUGUAUUUUCCAGUCGGCAGAAGCGCAUCUUGGAUGGAAGUUUAGGGUUUGCAGCUGGGGUGAUGUUGGCUGCUUCCUAUUGGUCAUUACUGGCACCGGCGAUCGACAUGGCUGAGGAUUCUGGGAAAUACGGCUCAUUUGCCUUCGUCCCUGUGGCUGUGGGUUUCACUCUAGGAGCAGCCUUUGUUUACAUUGCUGACGUGACCAUGCCCUUACUGGGGGUGGGUGCUGGCCCCCAGUUUGCCUUGGCUCUAAACUCGGACCCCAAAGCAAAAUCUGAAGAUCCAUUAUUUCCACUGUUGGAUUCCGACGAGAUGACCAUCAGGAUAGGUACCCGACCCUCCUCUGGACCUUCCUCAGAUAAACUAGAGAAUGGAGAUGUGUACCAGCGGAGGAAAGGACCUCAUUCAGGCGGCGCUGAUGGACGUGCAACAGAAACUAAACAAGACACAGGCGAACAUGCAGGAAACAGCUGGAGAAGAAUACUUCUACUAAUACUUGCCAUUACUAUUCACAACAUUCCAGAGGGCUUGGCUGUAGGGGUUGGGUUUGGUGCCAUAGGAAAGACGACGUCUGCAACUUUUGAAAGUGCAAGAAACUUGGCCAUCGGUAUUGGAAUCCAGAACUUCCCAGAAGGCCUGGCGGUGAGCCUGCCGCUGCGGGGUUCAGGCGUCUCUACGUGGAAAGCCUUCUGGUACGGCCAGCUGAGCGGCAUGGUGGAACCCCUGGCCGGGCUGCUGGGGGCCUUCGCCGUCGUCGUGGCCGAGCCACUAUUGCCGUACGCGCUGGCGUUCGCAGCUGGAGCCAUGGUUUAUGUUGUGGUGGAUGACAUCAUCCCUGAGGCUCAAGUCAGUGGCAACGGGAAGCUGGCCUCUUGGACCUCCAUCCUCGGCUUUGUAGUGAUGAUGUCACUGGACGUCGGCUUGGGCUGAAACCACCAAGACAAUGGCCUCAUACUGUUGAUAUGAGUGCUGUGCUGCUUUGAAGAAAAAAAGGGACCAAAUCUGAAAAACUAAUUGUGUAUUUAAUUCAAGUAAUACUAGGGGGGAAAGGACUGCACUUGAAGUAGGUAUUUGUUUUUACUUUCAGACCAUCUAAGGGCUCCAGAUAUUCAUGCAGUUGAGUGUUUUACUUUGUGAAACAGGAGAGUGAUUUAUCGUAUGAACACUACGAUACUCCACGUAUUAACAGAAGCCAAAGGAAUUUGAAGUUGCUUAUUUUUGUAGUAGGAGGACAGUUUGAGUCAUGCAACUCAUUUGUGAUGUUAUUUACUGUUUUUUUUUUCCUGUCAACGAAGUUCUUGUCUCACAAUUCUUGAAUUCUGAGGACUGAUUCCUCACAGAAUGUAGUGCCUUCUUCCUAUUUUGUACUGUCACCUACUGGUCGGAAGGAAGAAUUGCAUAAAAUCGAGUAAUUCGUCCUAUUACAUGGCAAGUGUUUAUGUAAUUAAACAGUGAAGCAAACAUGCGACUCUUAUGUUCUCUGUCAUAUCAUAAGCGGGCCUCAGAGCAGUUACCACCUUUGGUUUAUUUAUUAUCUGGAAUCGAAUGUUUAACUUUAAACCUAGCAUGUAUGUUAUAUAAAUGACUUGUUCAUUUAUUAUUCAUUUUAGUUUGUGUUUUUUUUUUUUAUCCAUGAGCGCCACCUUUUGAAAAAUACGUUUCAUCAGACCAGUUAUUUUUUAGCUUUAAGUACAUUCUUAUUUUAUUUGCCAUUCUUGCUCUGUGUUAUAUUGUCAUGCACUAUUUUUGUUAUAUUUUGACAACCUGUACAUUUUUUUCUCAAUUUUCCGCUUUUUGUAAACUCAGGUUUUACCCAAAUAUAGUACGAUAUACUUGCACUACAUUAUAUAUUAUAAUAUACUUAUUGUUUACAGGUUUAACUCUUUCCUCUCGCAACUGAAAUCUCCACACUGGACGCAAAUGUAGCAUUUUAAGCCUCUUGCUCCACUGCAGAAUGUGCUUCCUGUGUGUGCUACAAUUGUUCAGCUGUAAAGUCCUCAGAGGAGCUUAAAACGUGUGACAAUCAUCUGACUCUUGAAGUUGAAGUAAACACUGACACGUUGUCUUUUAAUAGGCAGCUUUCGCGUACAAGUGCACACAAACAGCCAGUGAAAAAGACAGCAGACUCAGGAGAACAAGAACAACAAGCUCUGCAGCCGAUAGAAACAUUUUUAUGAUUCAGAUUUAGCUACACAAUGGCAACAGUCAGCGGCUUAUAUUGCAAAAAGUUCAUGAGGCUCGGCGGCAUCCCCAGCUGCUCGAUGCGGUGAAUCUUGUUGAUCUUCUUGAGGUAUUUUCGGAUUGCGAGUCGGCACUGUGAUGUCAAGGCCUUUGGAGUUCCUGCAGGCAUUAACAAUUCAUGUUACAAGUUAAUUGCUGCUGCAGCCUGAAUUACUACACAAUAAGUCCUGCGGCUUUAAAGCCACUUUCCUCACAGCAGUCGUUACAUUGUGUUGAAAGUACUAACUUUUCCUUGUCACGCAAAAAGUUCUUCUUCAUGCUUGUUUAGUGGACUGUUGUUUAUAUUUAUUGCUACUAAAAUAUAACAUUAUUAAAGGCAAA